UUACAGAUAAAUUAAUAAAGUCUUCUUUGGGAGGUAGCAUUUCAGAAUUUAAUAAUACAUAGAAUCCAAAUGUGCAUGUGUAAAUAAACAUAUAUACUAGAAGAGUCUGAAUCUGAAUUAAUUUCCUUAUUUUCUUAUCCAUGGGUUUUACACAGCCCUAAGAUCCAUUUAAAAUAGAGCAUCUUUCAGUUGGGUAACAUUUGCAGUCUGUCAAGCUGUGCUUUUUCAUUCACACUGACCAUGCCACCAUCUUGAAGACUUCAUCUGGGAGAAGGAAAGAAAAGGACAACUCCAAAUCCAAAUCUUCAAAUUUGCUUAGAAGCGCAGAACUAAAAGGAAAACGUAAAAUUGCUUAAUUUAAGAAGGGCAGUAAGAUGUAUGGGAGAGGCCUUGAAGAUUAUUUAACAAAACUAAACUGCGAGGAGGAAUUCGUGAGGAAACAAGAGGAGAAAAGGGCUUCUUCGGGAAAGGGAGAUUGGCAGCCCAUCAGCCCGGUUUCUCGGGUCUCCCGUCGCCCCUCCUCCCAGACGGCCCCCCUCCCCGCCCCUGGCGCUCGGGCUCUGGGGCUGCAGAGCUAGCCGGGGAGACCGGGUGGGCGGGGUAGCGUUUCUAGGCUUCCAUUCCCUCGGGAGCACCCGGGCGUUAACUUAGCGCCCCGGGACUCUGAGCAGCUCACGGAGUUUCUGCACCUCUCAGAGUCUCCAGCUGCGGGAGGUGGGGGUCCCCAACUCUCUGAAGACAUUGUGUCAAAUUCCGUCCGCCUGUGGGUGGGAAGCAGCGGGACCACGGGCAGUCCCACUGGACCCCGAGCCCCGGCAGGGUUAGCUGCGGAGAGCACACCUUCCUGUGGUUACCGGUCGCCGGACACUUCUGCGGCAUGGAGCAGUCUCGGUGCGGUGGCAGAGACCGCGGCGGCAGCGCCCGACCCCGCCUGGCCCUGGGAUUGGUGGCACCGGCCCCUCCACCCUCCUCACCGGCGUUACCAGUACCCCCGGGGAUACCGGUUCCUCCAACUUUCCUGCGGCCUCCCAACCUCUUUCUACGGGUAGCCGCGGCUGCCACCACCCCCACCGCAGGAAGCGGAGGCUGCCCGCCGUCUCCCGCGCUGGAGAGAGGGGUGGGCACGGUAGGCUGCGCCUACCCGCGCACUCCCAAGUGCGCCCGCUGCCGCAACCACGGCGUGGUGUCGGCGCUCAAGGGCCACAAGCGCUUCUGCCGCUGGCGCGACUGUGCUUGUGCCAAGUGCACCCUGAUCGCGGAGCGCCAGCGCGUCAUGGCCGCCCAGGUGGCGCUGCGCAGGCAGCAGGCCCAGGAGGAGAACGAGGCCCGGGGGCUGCAAAGGUUCUUGUACCCCGGACCCUCGGGGCCCGGGGUUCGGACCUCUGGAGGCAGCAGCAGAACCGAGAAUUCGCAGGCGGCCAGCGACCCUGCCGGGGCGACUGCGCUGGGACCUGAAGCCCGGAGACACGCUAGUAGUCUGGCGACCCCUGCUUUCGAGGUUUUCCAGCUAGAUAAUACGGAGGAAAAGCAAGAACAAAAAGAAAGUAGAUGUGACUCGUGCCGGAGUGGAAAAAAUGAACCAGUCUUCAAAUCUCAUCAGCUUACCCUGGAGUCAUCUCCAGAGUCUAUUGGUGUAGUUGGAAAACAAAAUGUUAUGUCAUCUGUUUCAGAAAACUUAGACAAGGAUGAUAGCAUUCUGUAUCCUCACCGUGGGGAGCAAUCAGGAGGUGAAGAGAGUCCCAGGUCUCUGUCAUCCUCUGACCUGGAAUCAGGAAAUGAAAGUGAGUGGGCCAAAAACCUCACUGCUGCCAGAUCCAGACUUCCCACAGUGUCCACAAGACCAAGAGAUCCUCUUGAUAUCCUUACCAAGAUUUUCCCAAGUUACAGGCCCAGCCGGCUAGAAGGCAUUCUACAGUUCUGCAAAGGGGAUGUGGUUCAAGCUAUUGAACAGGUCCUAAAUGGGAAGGAACACCAACCAGACACCAGGAACCUAGCAAGCUCAGCAGAAUUGGGAAAUACAGCUUUCCAGAGGGCUUCAAAUUUUAGUUUAGCUGGAAUAGGUUUUGGAACUCUAGGAAAUAAAUCAGCUUUUGCUCCUCUUCAAACCACUUCUGCCUCGUAUGGAGGCGAUUCAAGCCUCUACAGCUUAAGUCCUAGACUAGGUAUCAGUCCAUUGCGGCUGGCAUAUUCCUCUCCAGGAAGAGGGCUAUCUGGUUUCAUGUCUCCCUACCUAACUCCUGGGUUGGUACCAGCAUUGCCUUUUCACACAACUUUGGAUUAUGCCUUUUCGGGGAUGAUUAGGGAUUCUUCCUACCUUGCUAGUAAAGACCCUGUAACUAGUAGCAGACUGUAUUCCAGGCUGAAUCAAGACAAUCUGUAGUGCAUUUGCCUAUUCUCCCUUUCUGGAGUCAAUCUAGAAGGAGGCAUGCAACACAAACCCCACACCCACGCCUCCAUCUAUUACCAGGCUCACUAUGUGUGUGAGUGGAUUGCCCAGCCUUAAGGAUGCUAUUUUUUUUAAACAAGCAAUCUAAUAAACUUGAGAUCUAAAGAUUUCUUUAGCAUUUAUUAAGUGAAAAACAACAGCAACAA